AUGAGCUACUACUUCGCCAUUGUCGGCGCCCAGGACAACCCCCUCUUUGAGUACGAAUUCGGCACGUCCAAGCAGGGCGGCGAUGGACAGUCCCGAUUCUCGGAUCAGCUCCGCCACUUGAACCAGUUCAUUCUGCAUUCGAGUUUAGAUAUAGCCGAGGAGGUGCAAUGGGCACAAGGACAAAUGUACGGUCCCCCCCUCGAGUCCACAAGGGAGAGGAACGCAACAUGCGCAAAUACGGGCUGUCGCCUUUCUUUCGUCUUGCAGCCGCUGAUGGAUGGAAACAGGUACCUGAAAUGUAUUGACAGAUUCUUCAACAACUACAUAUCGUGUUUCGUCACCGGCGCCAACGUCAAAUUCCUCCUGCUCCAUCAACCCACCAUGCCCACGUCCACGAGCUCGUCGCGAUCAUCGACUGCUAUUGGCGCCAACCCGACGAGUCCAGCGACGGAAGAGGCUAUCAAGAUGUUCUUCACCGAGGUCUAUGACAACUGGGUAAAGGCUGUCAUGAAUCCGUUUUACAGGGCAAAUACAGAGGUCACGAGUCCCGUGUUUAGGGCGAGAGUUGCGGCAGCAGGGCGGAAGUAUCUGUAG